UGUCUCAUUUCCCAGCCUAAAAAUGCAGUAGAUAUUCAUGGACCAGACACCUCCCUUCACCCCUUGCUAAUCAGCAAUAGUGCUUACUUCACAAGGCUGGAGUUUCAAAUGAGAUAAUAAAAGAAAAGCACUUUGAUAACCCUUAAAGUAUCAUGUAAAUGUCAGCUAUAGUUAUUAUUAUUUAGUCCUCAGGAACCCAGGUAUAUUUUCCUUUGGAGGCCUAGGGUAUCUAGUCUCAACUCUCAGACCUUAGUUACCUAGCUCCCUGGGCACCCUAGAGUUCAGUCCCAUCCUGCCCCCUAAAGGAUAAUAGUAAUAAUAGUAACAAUAACAAAAGCUAAUUUACUAUGUGCCAGGCACUUUGCUAAGUGCUUUACCAUUAUUAUUUCAUUUGAUCCUCCCAAUAUCUUGGGAACACAGAUCCUAUUAUGAUUCCCAUUUUACUGAUGAAGAAGCUGAGGCAAACAGAGGUUAAGUAAUUUGCCAAGUGUCACACAGGUAGUCAGUAUCUGAAAUUGUAUUUGAAUCAGGUCUUCCUGACUGUAGGCCUGGUGCUUUAUCCAAGAAAUAUAGCUCAUGACAGCCUGAGGCAACCCAAACACCUACCUUUAUCACUCCUAGUGAUUUAGGGAACUAAUACCUAUUCAGCUCUUUCCAACUCCAAAUGAUAGUACUAACUUUUUUACCCUUUCCUUUUCCUCCCUUCAGACAUGGCAGGCCCUCUGACACCCUUCUCCAUCCUAGCCUGCUUCCUCCUCUUCAUUUUUGUGAUCUCAACAAUCUUCCACUUUGAACUUCGACUCUCAAAGAUGCCCAAAGAGCCACCAACCCUUGAGCCUCCAGCCCCUACAAUCUACCACCCUGAAGGCAUCUGGACUGUGAAUUCUAUAGGCCGUCUAGGGAACCAGAUGGGUGAGUAUGCCACCCUCUAUGCUCUAGCAAAGCUCAAUGGCCAUAUAGCCUACAUAUCACCUGAGAUGCAUCAACAACUUGCUCCCAUAUUCCGUAUCACCCUUCCUGUUCUACCAGCCAGUGUGGCCAAGCAUAUACAUUGGCGGAACUACCCCCUACAUGACUGGAUGUCGGAGGAAUAUCGACAUAUUCAUGGUGCCUAUGUCCGUCUCACGGGUUACCCCUGUUCCUGGACUUUCUACCACCACCUUCGAGAAGAGAUCUGUCGUGAAUUCACCCUGCAUGACUAUGUCCGAAAUGAAGCUCAGGCCUACCUCCACAGGAUACAGAAAAGCCCAGCCACCUUUGUGGGAGUCCAUGUCCGCCGAGGUGACUAUGUCCGUAUCAUGCCCCAGGUCUGGAAGGGGGUGGUAGCACACAAGGGCUACUUGGAUCAAGCAAUGAAUUGGUUCAGAGCCCGUUACAAUGAUACUGUCUUUGUGGUCACCAGCAAUGAUAUGUCAUGGUGCCGGGAGAACAUUGACACCACCAAGGGAGAUGUGGUAUUUGCAGGGGAUGGAGUGGAGAGCUCUCCAGCAAAGGAUUUUGCUCUGUUGACCCAGUGCAACCACACCAUCAUGACCAUUGGCACCUUUGGCAUCUGGGCUGCCUACCUGGUAGGUGGUGAGACGAUCUAUUUGGCCAACUACACCCUUCCAGACUCACCUUUCCUCAAAAUCUUCAAACCUGAAGCAGCCUUCCUGCCUGAAUGGAUAGGGAUCCCAGCUGACCUGUCACCCCUGCUCAAGAACUGA